AUGUCUCCUAAAGAGCAGCAUCAGAGCCCGGAACUCGCCUCCCUGAGGCCGUGCAGAAAUCCCGAUUACUUCCUCAAUCUCUUAGAACGCGAACUUGUCCCAGACAUUGUUCAGGUUGGGAGCUUCUACUUUCCUGUAUCAAGUGGAGCUACCAAGCAGUGGGUUGGAAGAGAGGCCUUUAUCUCAUUCCCAGUGUUCGCAGUGGAAAUCCCAGAUGCAGCAUCUCAGGAAGACGUGAUUAAAAACCACUACAUGGCCAGAGUGGUGGAGCUCACGUCGCAGCUGCAGCUGGCUGACAGUGAGUCGGUGCACUUCUAGGCCAAGCGCCAAGCACUCUCUAAAAGACUAGCGCUGGCUGGGAAGUCUAAGGAGACGCUGACGGAGGAGAUGAAACUUGCCAGUCAGAGCAUCAGCAGGCUGCAGGAUGAGCUGACCACCACCAAGAGGAGCUACGAGGACCAGCUGAGCAUGAUGAGCGACCACCUGUGCAGUAUGCACGAGACGCUGUCUGAACAGAGAGAGGAGAUCCACACCCUGAAGAUGUCCAGCAAGGGAAAUUCUAAAAAGAACAAGAGUCGACAGUUUACAAAUAACUGCUUGGAGACCGAUCCUUCCAGAGUUGCUGCGGCUGCUGUCCAGAGCUGCAGGCCCUGCCGUGCCCAGCGCGCAGCUUCAGGAAGCCGAGGCGUUGUCAUCAGUCCCAGAAAACCCGCAGUGUUGUACAUGGCCCCGAGGCAUUUAAAUGGAUUUGUAACCAGUAAGGCAGAUACAGAAUGGGAUGUUGACAGUAAAGUGGAAAACAUUACAUACACCAUCGAUAUUGUAGGUUUCCUUAAGCUGUUUUUACCGUGCACUUUUUAA